CAAUACUGCUACCAGCGAGACCUCCCCAGAGCCAUGACCGCCAUGGAAGCUAUGCAAAGACGCGGAAUCUGGGCCGACUCCGUCGUCUACUCUGACCUCAUCAAAUGCUGCCUGGCUCGUCGCGCCGUUCAACAAGGCAGGCUCGUCCACAAGCACGUCUUCUCAAAUGGGCGCCACCCACAAACCUUCUUAAUCAACAUUCUCAUCAACAUGUAUGUUAAAUUCUCUUUACUGGAAGAAGCACAGCACCUGUUCGAUGAAAUGCGUCAGAGGAAUGUGAUUUCCUGGACGACUAUGAUUUCGGCUUACUGUCGUGCCAAGAUGAACAGUAAGGCCUUGGAGGCUUUGGUUUUGAUGGUUAGAGAGGGUGUGUGGCCGAAUAGCUUUACAUACUCUUCGGUUUUGAGGGCCUGCGAGGGGUUGUGGGAUCUCAAGCAGCUGCAUUGUAGUAUUGUUAAAGCUGGGUUGGAGUCUGAUGUGUUUGUUCGGAGUGCGUUGAUUGAUGUGUACUCGAAAUUGGGUGACUUGAGGAACGCGAUGGGUGUUUUCGAUGAGAUGGUGACUGGGGAUUCGGUUGUUUGGAGCUCUAUAGUUGGGGCGUUUGCACAGAACAGUGACGGUCAUGAAGCGCUGGAUCUUUUCAAGAGGAUGAAGAGAGCAGGUUUUGGAGCUGAAGAGGCGACGUUGACGAGUGUUUUAAGAGCGUGCACGGCGUUGGCACUUUUGGAACUGGGCAGACAAGUACAUGUUCAUGCAAUGAAGUAUGGUCCGGAUUUGAUUCUAAACAACGCACUUCUGGAUAUGUAUUGCAAGUGUGGUAGUUUGGAAGAUGCAAACAGUGUUUUUACGAGGAUGGUGGAGAAGGAUGUAAUAUCUUGGAGCACCAUGAUUGCAGGGUUGGCACAAAAUGGUUUCAGCCAAGAGGCACUGAAGUUGUUCGAGGAAAUGAAGGUUUCAGGGACAAAACCAAACUACAUCACAGUUCUUGGGGUUAUGUUUGCUUGUAGUCAUGCAGGGCUUUUAGACGAGGGGUGGUACUACUUCCAGAAUAUGAGGCAGCUAUUCAGGAUUGAUCCUGGAAGAGAGCACUAUGGUUGUGUUAUUGAUCUUCUUGGAAGGGCUGGAAAGCUUGAUGAGGCAGCAAGGUUGAUUCAAGAAAUGGAAUGUGAACCAGAUGCAGUGACAUGGAGGACUUUGCUUGGCGCAUGCAGGGUUCAUCAAAAUGUUGAUCUAGCUACACAUGCUGCCAAACAAAUUUUGAAAAUGGACCCUGAUGAUGCUGGAACCUACAUCUUAUUAUCAAAUCUAUAUGCAAUAUCUCAGAGAUGGGAUGAUGUUGCAGAAGUUAGGAAGAGUAUGAGAGCCAGAGGAAUUACUAAAGAACCGGGAUGCAGUUGGAUUGAGGUGAACAAACAGAUCCAUGCUUUUAUUAUGGGAGAUGACUCGCACCCACAAAUAGAUGAGAUCAAUAAGCAACUGAGCAUGUUGAUUGAUAGACUCAUGGGAAUAGGUUAUGUUCCAGAUACAAAUUUUGUUUUGCAAGAUCUUGAGGGGGAACAAAGGGAGGCUUCACUUCAAUCUCACAGUGAGAGACUGGCGAUUGUAUUUGGUAUAAUGAACUUGCCCAAGGGAACGAUUGUUAGGGUCAGGAAAAACCUCAGGAUAUGUGGAGAUUGUCAUGAAUUUGCAAAACUUGUAGCAAAGUUGAAGCAGAGAACUAUUGUGAUAAGAGAUCCCAUUCGGUAUCACCAUUUUCAAGAUGGAGAAUGUUCAUGUGGAGAUUAUUGGUAG